AUGACGACAAGAACAUCAAACGACCGAUUGAUCAUCAACAACACGACCAUCACCACAACUCCAACCAUACCAGCAACCAUUUCAACAACAACAACAACAACAACCACUCACGAAACAAGCACUCCUCCCAAAUUCAUGUAUUCCUCUCAACACAAAAAGGUCAUGAUGAUGAACAACAUGACUGCCGAUCAGCAACAUCGAUGCUCCGAUUCCAACUGUAGUAGUAGUAUGAAUAACCUGUUUGUGGCCGGUGCUUCUCCCUCUUCAUCAUCAACCACCACAAACAACAACACAAACAACAACAACCUCUCGGAUCAUGCUCAUCCCCAACUUGCACAACAACACCCAUUCAAUGGAUUCACAUAUUACAAGAGUGUACACUCGGCUGGCUGUUGUAGUUACAAUGUUCCAUCUCCUCUAAUGUACAAUAACCCUUUUGCCAAUUAUUUUCCACCUUUUCCUCAUCAACAUUAUUCUUCUCCAACCAAUUCAAACAAUAUCAUUGAGAAGAGUAAUGUAUUAUUGAGUGAUGGAGGUUCGAAUAGUGAGUCUGAAUGUAAGGUAAUCCUGCCAGAGAAUGGUCAUUCAGAUUCCAAAACGAGUAUUUCUGUCAUGCCCAUCAAAAAAAGAGCUCUAAGCAAUGUCAACAUGAAGAAACCUGCUCUUGAGGACAUGACAAAGCAAACAUUAAGCCCCAGCGUGGAAAAGAACGACAAAAGCGACUCAAAGAAACAGCCACGAACAAAAGACUCUCCAUUAAAAUCAGACGAAAGUGAAAAGAAGCGAAAAAGAAUCAAAGACGAAAACGAAGAAUUGAAAAAGAAGGAGAGGAGACUUGUUCGUAAUCGUCAAUCAGCACAAGCAUCCAGAGAAAGAAAAAAGCAAUACAUCCAAAGUUUGGAGGCCAAAGUGGCAGAAUUGGAAAAGAAAGUUCAUGAGCUGGAAGAAGAAAAUAAUGAACUCAAAAAGAAACAAAAACCUUGA